AUGCCCCCGGCAGCCCCAGACGACCUGAUCCGCCAGCACAGCCGGUCCCCGGGAGACGACACUACCCACGCCACCGAUCUGAACAAACCGACCCAAGAGCAUGAGCCGAGCACCAAAUCCAAGAAGAAAGGGAAGGGUGGAAAGAAGAACAAGGGGACCAAGGCAGCGACGGAAGAUUUGUAUCCUCCCACCAUGAGCCUCUUCUCCCCCCACGAACCUACUUCCUGCCCGGAUCCCUCGUUGGACCAUCAUGUCACCCCAGCCAUAAGCUCGCCCGUCCUCGCACCAGUCCUCGAUGCUCUCGGGUCACUGGGAGAAACGGGAGACCGCGAUCUCGCCAAUCGGACGGACACCUGGGCCCAGUCAGUGCCCUUUGGCAAGAGCCCGCCAAACGACCUGAUAGAUGGCGACAUUCCGAGUGACUCUCCUCUGAAUUUCCCCACCAUCCAAGCACGGGUACCGUUCAGCCAACCUUCCUCGGCUUCCAACCCCAAACCCUUCAGCUAUGGAAGUGGAUACCGGAACAGCAUGCCCUCCCGACAGCAGUCCAUCGACGGCCGAAAGAGCCUCUCAUACGGGAGCAACCAGGUGCCACUGCCCCAUCUACCCCAAGCCCAUUUCUACGGUGCGCCGGACGUGGACCUUUUGCCAGCCUCCAACUGGCCUAACCAGGAUGGCAACUACUCGUUUUGCGGCUUCGAUGUGCUUCCGAACACUGCCCCAAAGAUGCCUCGGGUGGGUAUGAAUGUCUUGCUGGUGGGAACAGAUCGGGCCGUUGAGGUUCUGGCGGUUGAAGAUCGUCGAACCCGUCGUGUCGGACAAAUUACUGGCCUCAACGGUCGGGUGAUUGAGGCGAAAAUCAUCCCAAGCCCGCCGGAUGACCCCUUCGCACAAUCUAGACCUCACGUGGCGCUCAUCCUUCAUGGACCACUGCCACCAAACGAAGAAGAAGGCCGACCCUCCUCUGCUAGCUCAGAGGUGAAUGAACUUCCUCUUUCGGUAGCCAAAGGCCACUCGGGCGACAGGCGUGAUGUUCCCCUUUACCAAACCAGGGCCGAAGUAUAUUCCCUCCGGACAGGCGAGCAAGUCGCGACCCUCUUUGCAACCAAACCCGUUCCCUCUUUGGAGAAUAUCCCCGGCCUUCCAUCUUUUGCCCCGUCGCCCGUGGGGAGCUUGAGACUUUACACCAGCGGAAAUCACAUUAUCUUGGCCUCCGGGGUUAGUGGAGAAGUCUAUGUCUACAAAUAUUGCCCAUCCACAGCAUCGUGCGCCUAUCAGUGCGUCGGGAAGACGUGGACCAGCAUUCAGUCUAAAGACGCCCGUCGAUAUUCUGCCUCUUCCAGCUCCACUGAUCCAGAUGGAUCUCGAGCAGACUCCCCUCAUGGCCCAUCUGCUCUGGAGCGACCGAUUCUGGCCGUGCAGGGGCGAUGGUUGGCAACAGUGCCACCUACGUCGACUUAUCGAAGCUCGAUUCAGGGAACAGUACCGGCGCCUCUGCUCCAAGGUAAAGUUUUUGGAAUAGAGACCCGCAACCCACCUUCGAUGCCCUCCGUGAAUUGUGCCACGGACGUUGGCGAAGGAGAGAGCUUCUUGGACAAGGUUGCCCGAGGAGUGACGCAGGAACUUGUCCGAGGUGCGCGUUGGAUGGGCGAUCAAGGCCUCCAAGCGUGGAAUAAUUACUGGAGCAACCAGCAAACUCCUGGCAUCUCUCCACGGCGGCCGCCCCAGGCACCCGAACCCCAAGCACAAGGCUACGGAAUUUUUCCACCGACGCAUGCGCAGGACACGCAGAACUCGUCUACUGCCGAUCCGGACACUGUUUCGAUCAUCGAUCUCAAGCGACUCGAUGACAGCUCGUCUUUCCAUCCUCUAUCCACCUUUCAGGUGCCUAAUGGCUGCAGCUUUCUUUCGUUGUCGCCGAAUGGCCUCAUGUUGCUUACUGCGAGCCAGAAAGGUGAUGUGCAGUAUGUUUGGGAUCUGAUGCAACUCAAGAAUUGCCGUGCCACUGUAUUUAUGGUCGAAGACCACGCCAGCCAGAGCCCGAACGUGCGGCAGGUGGCACGGUAUUCACGACUCACGACAUCGAGCAUUGUCGAUGUGAUUUGGACCCCUCCGGUUGGCGAUCGCUUGGCAAUAAUCACCAAGAAAGGCACAGUACAUGUUUUUGAUCUACCCCGAAGCGCGUUUCAGUGGCCCCCAUUCCGUCGAGCGCGGCCUUCGUCAGUCAGACCACCGGCCACUGAUUCUAUAACGGAGGAUAUGUCGGGACAAGGGAACGGCGGAAACCCUCUGUCGGCGGCCAUGAAAUUGGUGGGCGACAGGACCCAGCCAUUCUUCUCGGCUGUGAGGGGACGUGUUCCUUCGUCUGGCGCUGCAUUUCCGAACAUGAGCGGGUUCACAUUGCCGUCUGCGGCAGGUGUGAAAGGCGGCAAAGUUGUUGCUGCUGGGCUGAGCAAGUCGAUGGGAGCAGCAACAGGCACUGUCAAUACCCUCCGCCACGUGGGAGAGAAUCGCCUGCACUUGUCUGGCUUGGCACGGGAACCUGCUCCGUAUCGGGUGACUUGGAUCUGCAACAAAGGAUUCAUGUCCUUGGGUCUGGUCGAUGAUGGAUCCUUCAAGCUUUACCGCCUCGGACGAGCAGCGUCUACGCAGAAGCACCGACAGUCACACACCGUCAUUGGCAGCAAAGAAGGGGAUUUUAAGCUGCCGGCCAGUCUACAAACCCACUGCGGCCCAGCACCCAUUAUGCCUUAUGACCCUGCCCUGGCCGUCCAUGCGUCUCUGAUGCUACCAUCGGUCAGCUCACAGCCAGCAACCACUAUGAAGGGAUUUUGCCAGCCUCUCUCUCAGGCAGAGAUUGAGACUAACACUCCCUACCAACCUUUCCACACCGAUCAGAGAGUUGGACUCUAUGUUUUCGCUGGCGGCAGGGACUCAACGCGGUCAAACCCCAGUGGCCAAUGGGUAUUCGGUGGGGACAUCUCUACGACCAAGCUCCACGUGAGAUCAUUCAGUAGCGGUGGAGAUGAUCAAGGUGAUGACGAAGAUGAUGCUGCUAUUCACGAACACUCACUUGGAGCUGGAGGAGAGAUGGAGAACCAUAUCACUUUGGGCAACAGCACGGGCAAUUUCGAGGAAGUCAUCAUCACCACGCGCCGGAAGAAGAAAAACCCUUCUACGCCACUCAAAGCUGAUGAUGGAUUCUUCGAGGACGACUGCGAGGUACUUGAUUUUGCACGGGAUCGAGUUUGA